GAAAUCUGAAUCUGAAGUCAAGCGCAAGGUUGGAAAGUUCGCGAAACAGCGGGUCAUUACCUCUCCUUCGACUAAAUGUUCUUCACUUGACUUGUCUUGCCCUCUUACAGCAAAAUGCUGUCUCACAAAGUGUCUACAAAAUGUAUUCGAGAAUUCUGCCAGGUUACCGGGUCUGACGAAGAAACUGCUCGUUCAUUCUUGUCAGCUUGUAAUAAUAAUUUGGAAUUGGCUGUUAGUCUUUACAUGGAUGAUCCAAGUAGGGUUCCUCCUCAGAGUUCAACGGAGGAAUACCGGACUCCUAUUCCUCAAAGAAACGAACAGCUACUCCCCGUUGUUGUACCACUUCUUCCUGAUCACCUGCAAAACUCACCUCUCAUGCAAACACGUCGACGCGCGUUCGUUGCUGAAGAUUCGGACGAUAACUCAGAUGACGAUACAAUAACCAGUGGUGCAAGGUGCCAGCCGUUUGAAAAGUCACAGUUAGCUUCGAAAUCAGAUCAUUCAAUUAAACAACGGUGUUCAAACGAUAAUGGAUCUGAUUCGACUUUACUAAAUACUGAUGGCACUAGCUCUGGUUCUUCUUCACUUUCUUCGGGGCAUAUUAAUGGAGUUAAAGAUGGUGUUAAAAGAAAAAGAAAGCAUUUGCAACAACUUUACCAACCUCCAGUCGAGAUAUUGUUCGAUGGGACAGUACAAGCUGCUGAACUUGCUGCACAAGAAAAACAUCAAUGGUUACUUGUCAGUAUACACGAUGAAGGAUGCUUUGAGUGUCAUCUGCUAAAUCGUGAUGUUUGGAAGGAUCCGAGAAUCUACCAACUUAUUAAACGCCAUUGUACUUUUGUACAAAUACCUGUGGAUAGUUCUGAAGGUUUACGCUUCCGUAGUAGUUAUUCUUAUGUUCAAUCAGCUUCCCAUAUAGCUAUUUUGGAUCCGUUUACUGGAGAGCAGAAAAUGAUGUGGACGCAUUUAAAUGAUCCUAAGAUUGUAUAUGAUGUCUUAUAUCAAUUUAUACAACAUACUACGCUAACUAAUCCGAAUAGCAAUACAGAUGUAAUCAAUACUACUGCUAUUAAUGAUGGUCAAUACAGUAGUAGUAUUGGUAGUAUUAGCCUUAGUGGGAACGGUAGAACAGAUUCAACUAGUAUUGACAAUCGUUUUACGAAUUCUGUCCCCCAGACUGGUAUACGAAGAAGACCAGCAGAAGCAGCAAAUGCAGAAAUGCAUCAACAAUUCAAUCAUUUCAAUUUGAAAAGGCCACGUUUACAAACAUCUGACAAUGUACAUUCAUCGGAUGUUGAAUAUAUCGACUUGUCAAAUAGUGUACAUUCAUCUCAAAUAAAUUGUACAACUACUAGUCCGUUAGAUCUAACUGAAGAAGAACAAUUACAACUGGCUAUUGAAGCAUCUAAAAGGAGGCUAAACGACAAUUGUUCACUGAUGAUAGUGAGAUAGUUCUCACAGAUGAUGACGAUGACAAUGAUGAAGAAUAUAUGAAUGGCAAUAGACGUUUAGACACUGAUAUUGACCAACAACAAUGUGAUCAUGAACAAGAUAAAAAGCAAUACACACAUAAUACAUAUGAAGACGAUGAUUGCGUUGUAGUUGACUAUCCUAAAAAGCCUAGCAGUUCAUCAUUUGUUUCAUCGACUACAGCAUUUAUUACAGCAAGAAGACCGUUAAGACCAUCAGAAAAGUUAAGUGAAUCAACAUCCAAUAAUGAUUUGAAAUCAGAUAUUUUGACCGUAUUACCUACUCCAGCACCUGGUGAAGCGGUUAUGGAAUUACUUUUUCGUUUACCCGAUGGUAAUCGUGAAGUCCAUCGACUUCAUCCUACUCUCAAGUUACAGGAUCUACAUUCAUACUUUGAAUAUCGUGGUUAUCCAAUUAAUAGAUAUGAAAUUGUUCGUAUUCAUCCUAAUCUAUGUCUUUCAUCAAUGCAUCAAUCAAUUUCUUUGACAGUUGCCGGUCUGUGCACCAAAGAUACUUUGUUUAUACAAGAACGUUAAAAGUCUUUAAUGUUGUACAGAACUUAUUCUAUGGUUAAUUUUUAAAUCUAUAUAUAUAUAUAUAUAUAUAUAGUAGUGUUUUAACAUAUCUUUGGGAUUUCUAACCUUAUUGUAAUACUUACUGCUCUUGCUAAUUGAAUUUGAUCUUUUUGUAUUAAUCUGCAAUUGUAACCACUAAUAUUAUAACCAUAGGAUAACUGUAUAUGUACAAUAGCUAUUCCUUUCAAACAACAUUUUCAUUUAGAUGAGAUAAUUGUGCUUCUUACUCUUCUUCUUUUUCCUCGUCUUCUAAAAAUUAAUUUUAUUUUGAAAAAUUUUUUAAUUAUCAAAAUAUGACAAAUGGUUUUCUUUUCUUUCAAAAAGUGAUUUUCAUCCAAAGGUUGAAUGUUCCAUUUGUGUUGUUCAAUUACUGUAUGAUUGUUUUUUUUUAAAAAAAAUUCUUAUUUCUAUCUCUAUUAUUGUCAUUAUUGAUCAUAUACUUUUAUUUAGGAUCAUCGGUUCAAUGAAAAUGAAAUUUGGAUGAGAUGCCCAUAGAGAUAUAUGAUUUUUCAUAUUUAUUCAAUUGAUAAUAGCAAUAAUAAUAAUAAUAAUUAUUAUUGUUACUACAACCUAAACUGCACUCUUUAUAUAUAUAUAUACCAGUUUGUUAAUGUGUCUUUCGAUUGUUUUACUGUUGGAGAGUACCUCCCCGCCCACCCGCGUUCAAUGUUCCAAUGUCAUAUUGUUAUUAUUAUUUAUAAGUUUGUGAAACGAAAAAAUAUGAUUAGGAGGAAUGUUACUGUUUACUUAUAUGUACACAUUUUAAUUUGUCAAUAAAUAUAACACCUUGUCAUCGUUAAGAAAUAUAGUUUUAUUGAAAAAACAAACAAGAUUAUGUGUUCUCUUUAAUUUACAAUGGAUAUUAAACAUUUCAUGUUGUUGUUGUGUUAUUUUACCUUUAUGGUUCAGUAUGUAUGUUGUUUGUUAUGUGAGUUGAAUUUUUUUUGUUUUAUGAUAAAUUCUCACUAAUGUUUAUUUUGUUUAUCAGUAAUUAUUAGAUAUUAGCGUUUGUUAAUAAGACAGGGUGAAUAAUUUUUAAGGUUUCUUUUUUCUUCAUAUUGUAUUAUCCUGUAUAAAUUUUUGUAUAUAAUUGUGCAAUGUUUACAAGUAAGCAUUUACAACAUAAUUUUGUCGACCAAUAUAGGUUACUUAUUUGUCAGUGUUGACCAGAUAACCUUGACAAAUAGAUUUUAGAAUGUACAUUUCAUCCUAUAUGAAACUGGUCAAUUGAAUGUACUUUCAUAUCAUUAUCAAUGUUAGCAAUCUUCUAAGUUCAAUUAAAACAAGAGGCUAUUUUCUAGCUAUACAAAUGUUCAAGUAAAUAAAGUACAUUUGUUUGCUUAAACUGAAAUCAUUGAAAUUUAUAAUUAUUUCACCUAUUCAAUUCUAAAUUUCAUUCUAUUAUUUUGUAUUACGUAAUGAUAAAACUUUAAUGGAAAAAACAACAAUAACAACAACAACUUGAAAGUAUCAAAAGUGUAGUAUCAAAAUAGCAUUCACAUAAACUAAGUUGAGUACAUAAAUGUUUACUUAAUCAAUGAAUUACAUUUAGAUUACGGUAAUAAUUCAAUGAUUCUUUCUUACAGUUAACAAAAAAAGUCUACUUAAACUUAUAAAACUUUUGUGAAUACUAUAAAGAUUAUGUUUGCUGGUCGGCGGCCUAUGCUCCAUUGGGAGUAACAGGCGUAAAUCAUUACAUAAUAUCAACGAAGAUUACUCAAUAUAAAUAACACAGAACAAGUAUACAUAUUUAUAUCUUAUGUCAAUAUCACAAGGAUUUAUAAAAACUGUUAUGGUAUUAUUAGAAAGUACUAGUGGUUCAGGACAUUGUAUAGUUGGUUUUCGACCACGUCUAGCUACUAAUCGUAAAGAGAAAAUAGCAUUUGAUCCACUUGUUCAACAAAUUGUUUUAUAUCGUGAAUUACGCAAAAUACGUUCAUUGAAAAAAACAGGAAGCUAAACUAUUAUAUAUAUAUAUAUAUAUUAGAUAAAUACAAUGUAUAGUAAUUCUUUAUUUUAUUAUAAAUAAAUAAAUUUUCACUUCAUUAUUUCUUUUCUUUUUACUUACAUUAUUUUAAUCAAUCUAUUGUUUUUGAUAUUGUUUGUUUUCAAUGAAUGACUGUAAUGAUUGCAAUGUUGACUAGUGUUGGGGAUGGUUGGAAGAAAGUUAGGAGCGGCUAAACCAAAACGUGGCAUCAGUGCUUGAAGUCACUAACUUCUAGUCUGAACCAUGUUGGUUAGAUGCAGACUUACUUGGUUGGGGUCCUCACGACAAUCGUAACCAAUGUUUGGAGAAUCGAUCACAAUAACUUCGGUGUACACACUCUUUGUCUUCCUUUAAACUAUGAGAUUAAAGUUGCUUCAUAUCUUGUCUAUUUAUUCUGUUUUUGUGUGUGUGUGGCUUUGUGUUUUGUUGAAAAACAGAUUUUCUGUAUUUCACAUUAAGAGAUGUUUAGUUUCCAUCCUCAUUUUAUUCUUUCUACUUUGUUUAAUUAUUAUUUGAUGUGACAGAAUUAAAAAAAGAAGCAAAAUUACAUCUUUAAUUCAUUGUCAUUCUUGCUCAAUAUUACUCAAUUCAAUGUAAUAUUCGUUUGAUCCACUUCUGUGUAGAGAUGAAGUUUGAAACAAGAAUCAUUCAUGAUCUGUAUAUAAUCUUAAUGUUAUUUGAUACAAAACUUUUAUUAUGCGUCUUUCUAGGUGUGGAAUGUAUAUAUAGUAGGUAGUAGUGAUAUUCAAAAUCAGUGUUUCGUCCUAUUUGAGACUUGUCAGUUGAGUGCGCUUGUUAUAUAUUAUCCAACUUUAACAAAAACAUGUGACUAAAUAGGAAUUUUGAGUCAAUGAAUGCAAUACAUUUAUACCAGAUAGAUGUUGAUCAACUGCCAACGAGUGAAGUUAAAUUCUAUUCAUAUAUACCAAUAAAUAAUGUACGUGAUAAAUGUAAUUUGUUUCCAACAACAUGAAAACACUAACAUUUAUUCAACACAGUUCUUGGAUCAACUUUUUUUAUUUGAUUUUAAACUACUUCAAGCUUUGAAUCAUUUAAGUAGUUUGUUAAAAAUACAUUAUUGUAAUGACUAAUUGAAUUGAUUAAUUAAUGUAUUAUAAAAAAUAUUUUUGUAAAUAUUAAUUUUUCUUAUUAUUUUUACAGUGAAAUCUCUUUAUUUCAAUGGUGGAGUUCAUGAGUCAGUUGAAACUAGAUCACCAUGGAAAACCUGAAAGCACUGGAUGGCCGUUUUGUCCUAUCGUGAGACUCCUCGGCAGUGCGCAUUCACGAUCCUGCCUCGCGAGAUUCGAACCCAGGACCUAUCGGUCUCGCGAGCGAGCGCCUUACCACUAGAUGGGGAGCGAUCGUGGAUGCGCACUACUAAGGUGUCCAAAAAUAGCACGAAACGACCGUACAAUGUUUCCAGGUUUUCCAUGGUGGUCUAGCUUCAACUAACUCAUGAUCUCAACUAUUGAAAUUACUAUAAUAUCCACAAAACCCCUUCUGAUAUAAAUCUUUAUUUGUUUAUUUAAAAAAAUUUUUUAGUGCGCCAAUGAAGUCCUGUUGGCAAUGAUUAUUUGUUCAUUGUGUUAUUAAUAAUAAUAUUCUUUUACUGGAUGCCAAUUUUUUGGCGUAAUUCUAUAAUAUAUCUUCAUGAACUCCAGUACAUUGACAUCAACGGGGAAUCAUUCCGUUACAUCUAUUAAUUUUACAACAACAAUAAACUGUACUGCUAUUCAUACAACGACUAUAACAACAACGAAAACAAAUGUCACUAAUACUCCUACAGCCAUUACCAAUACUUCUUCGUCUACCACCACUACUACUAGUAUUAAUAAUAAUAAUAAUGCAACAACGAAUACAAUUUUGAGCAAAUUAACUGAUCGUGCCACUUAUUUUGCUGUUGUUUCUGAUACUUGUGCAUUCAAUCGUAAUUUAUGCAAAACUCGUUAUUCUCGAUUACCAUUUUUGGAUUUAGCAACUCAUAUAUCUCAACGACCAGCUCCAUGGUUAUAUCAUACAAACAGGGAAUAUUUAAGAGAAUCACCAUCCAAAGAUCCACAUGUUUACUUACGUUUUCCUCGUUAUCGUUGGCAUUUGGACUACCAGUCACCCCAUAAGAAGCGUAAGACAGCUAAUCAAAAACUUUGGUGUACGUUACAGAAUGGAUUGAAAGCUCUGGGAGUCUCGUCUGACUUAGUUCCUGUUGUUACAAGAAAAGCUUAUGCUAUAGCUGGUCUCUCAAUACCAUCAAGUUUAGCUAACUACUUGGAUGUUCUAAAUCCUCGAGUGUCUGUCAGUCAUACAACAGGAAAUAAUGCUAAUAAUAAUAGUAGUAACUUAACCAUUUCUACCGGUACAACUAACCGAUUACAGCACUCAGGUUUUGUUGGAACAAACAAUUCCAACGUCCACUCGAGUUCGUUCCAACGAAAAAUACUUUAUGACAAUCAUGGUGAUUAUUCUCAUGAUCCAAUGAUCAACUCAGCAAUAAUAACAUCCAUGUUACACGAUGAUGAAGAACAUGAUUAUAUUGUUAGUGAUCGAAGUCAGGAUAGUGUAUGCUUUUUAAAUGGUCGAAUUGGAGGAUCGGCGUCGAAUACUCCAGGCUUUUUUGGUGGCAUCACUGGUGAUGAUAGUACACAAUCGUUUGAUGGAAUGUUGACAAUGACUAAACGUACAAACAAAAAUCAUAGGACAACUUCUGAUAAUGUCAAUAUAUCCGAUUGUAGAGAUUUACAAGAUGAUUGUCAGGAUACACAGCAUAGCAAUAAUAAUCAUAUAAUGUCAAAUAAAUCAGAUUAUACUAAAACCUACGAUUUAGAUAAUGUAUCUGAAGAUGAUGAUAAUCAAAACCGGGACUAUGACGUAGAGGAUUAUGAUGGCGAGUUGGGAGAAGACAUGGAUGAUGAUGACGUUGGCGGUGAUGCAGAUUGGUUUGCUGGACGACGACGCGGGACGGGAGGAGGUGGGAAUUUAGGUAAUAACGGUUCUGGUGGAGGUAAUAAUGGUCUCAUUAUGAGUGGCGACGGAAGAAGAGGCAAAACACGAUCUGUAUAUUCAUUGAAAGUGACAAAAUAUAAUCGAAAAAUCGUCAAUCAGAAAGUUAAUCGUUCGUCCCAAAAUUUCCCUGCACUCAGUAGUCGCUUAGGAGGUAGAAGAUUUACGAAACGUCACCUUGGCCGUCCAUUUUCAGGUCGACUUCAAGCAAACGAUUCACGUAUGGAUGAUCUAUCUUAUACCUAUGCUAAAUCUAGUCCUUCUGUUGGACGUCGUGGUAGUCGGGCUAUUUCUCGUCUUGGUACUAGACAUAUGAGUGAUAGUUGGAAAGGGCUUCAACGUUAUGGAAUUGUUAGAGACAAGCUAAACGAAUGCAACGAUUCUUGGGAUGUCGAUAAUGAACCCGGUUUCCAGUUGAACGCUACUCCUAUUACACCUAUAAUGAAUGAGAAACACGAAGGGAAAUUACUCGGAAAUUGUAAUACAUUAAACGAUCGGUUGAAUACGUCGAAUUUAUUUUCAUCAUCGUCUCAUCCGUUGACGUCAUCAAACUCUUUAUAUCUUCAUUCUUCGUUAGUAAACAAUGAUAGAUCUUUGUCAGCUAUAUAUGAGUCAUCCAUACAAAAUCAAUUCAGCUCUGACCGUAGUUCACCUUUAUUAUCUCAGUCGAAAUUUGUUCGUUCGUCAGCUACACCAGCGAAUUGGUCUCAUUUAAUGAAUGUAAAUCAGUCAAAUGUUGGGACACAAUUAUCAACUACAGUCAAUAUGUCCAUUUCAUCAAUGUCAUCUUCAUGUAUAGUUUCAUCAUCAUCUCCAAUGGAUUCGUGUCGAAUAUCAGAACAGCUCAACAACUUAUCGUUACCUCGUCGUUACGAUUCAAAUGAUUAUGUUAUGCAUAUAGAGGAGUUUUCGAAAAAUCAUGAAAGUAGUCCACAAAUGUUUUCAUCUGGUCGUCGUCCUAAUACAUCUAGACUGUCGAACUGUAGUGAUACAAUGAAUCGUUAUAAUCCUCUGUCAGUACCUUCAGUUAGUUUUCAUAACACUCCAUCAAUAAAUAGUACAGUUGGUUCAAUGGUCAACCCAGUUUUCAGUAAUAUCGAUCAGCCAAAUAAUAAUACUAAUAAUAGUCCCAUAAAUACAUCCAAUGUUAGUGAUGUAAUGCGAAUAGUCGAUAUUUCUAAUACUGAUAAAUCCAAUAAUGGACGAGUGGUUGGUGAUUUGCAAACAUUUGUUAACCCUCAAACAGCUACUACGACUGUAACUUUCUUUGUAUGUGAAGUAUGCUCGUCACGCUAUCGAUCUACUGCAGGACUUCGUUAUCAUUACCAUAGUCAACAUUCAGGUUAUACACCACAAAACCCUAUAUCUGCUUCAGCAUCAAGACUUGUUGUACCGGUUGGUGAAGAAAGAGGUAUUGGUGGAGGACUUCGUGGCGGACGACCUAGAAGACAUCGAGGUUCGACUGCUUCGUCGAAAUCACGUGAUAAAUUAGUGACCUCCCACUAUCCUAACGAAUAUCAAAUCUCUUCUGAACAAGAUGACAGAUCCAACAGUAUCUUAUCGUCACAAUACUCCAAAAUUUCAAAUCCUUAUUCACCAUCAUCUCAAAAUAACAAACGCGGACAUAAUAAUAUAAAUCGUAUAGAUUGUAAAACAAUCGACUCUAGAUCAAUUGUAGAGCCAAAGUUAAUCGAUCUAAUUGCAAGUCAAACGGUUCCAUUGAAAUAUCAAGAGAAAGUUCAUGUUAAUCAUUUCAAUUCCAUAGAAUCCGAUAAUGAUAAUAGCGAAUUAUUGAUGAAUAAUAAUAAUAAGGAUAAUAAUAAUAAUAAUAAUAAUAAUAAUAAUAAUAAUAAUAAUAAUAGUUUACUAACCUCUGUGGAAAUGAAAAAGUUGCCUUUCAUGGAUAAUCAUACUAGUGGCUCAGAACGUUUAUCACAGUGUUCUAUGCCUUCAUCAUGUUCAUCAGCAAUAACACCUGGUAAAUUUGUAGAUUCUAUAGAUUCAGUAGUUGUCGUCAGUGAUUCAUCAUCAUCGUCAAGAUUUCAAAUGACUGAUUACGCUAACUAUAACAAUACUACUAUCAAUAGUAGUAAUAAUUUACCCCAUACAAAUAUUCAUUCUGUACAACGCCACAACACUUUACAAUCAUCAUCAUUCAAUUCUCCAAUUUCACAUCUGGGAAAUAGUGUGAUUGGUAAUAAAAUCCAUUCACAUAUUCCCUAUUCUCAUCCUCAUCAUCACCAUCCUUAUUUGUCAUCACAACAGCUACAAUCAUCUCCACAAAACAAUUGGAAUUCUCCGAAUACAAUAUUUAAUCAAAUGCCCUAUGGUUCCUCAAGUGUUCCCAGUAGUCAUACUUCUUUUCCUCGGCUGCCACCACCACAACAGUCCCCAGCGACAAUGAAUCAUGUAGGUCCACAGCAACGACGUUAUGAAAGACAACACUGUCCAGAUCGACUUGGUCUUACAUGUCCAUCUAUUAAUUCAUCCACAUCUUCACGAUUAUUGUCGACGUCAACAGCAUCCAUGCCUAUAUGUGAUUACUGUCUAGGUGAUGAUAAUAUGAAUCCACGUAUUGGUCAUCCAGAAGGUAUGUUACAAUGUUCUCGAUGUGGGCAUAGUGCACAUUAUACGUGCCUACGUCUACCUCCUCAUGUAAUUGAUGCUGCAAUGCGCUAUCCAUGGCAGUGUAUUGAGUGUAAAACAUGUUGGUUAUGUGAUCAAGAUCAUGAGGAUCGAAUGAUUUUUUGUUGGGAUUGUGAUCGUGUAUUUCAUGCACUUUGUAUCCCAACUCGAUUACCUCGUACCCUUGAUGCCCAUUGGACCUGUGAUAUUUGUUUGCAUGAAAUAUAUAAUAAUAAUAAUAAUAAUAAUAACAAUAAUAGAUCUAUAUUUGAUCAACGUACACAUACUAAUUCUGGUUAUGAAAUUUAUGCAAAUAAUACUUGUAAUACUAAUAUUAGUAGUAAUAAUACCAAUACUACUACUACUACUGAUAAUAAUAAUAGUAAUAAUGACAGGAAUAGUAACAAUAAUGAUGAUAAUAAUAGUUUUAAUCAAAUGAUGAAUACUGGCAAUGGUUAUUUUACUCAUAAUGUACAGCAUCAUACACAAAAUACAGCUCGUUCAUAAUGAUUCAUACAUUCUCUUUUAAAUUUUAAUAUUGUCCUGUACAAUUGCUCAUUUUUAAUUUUAAUUAAUUAAUUAUAAAAAGAAAGAAAAGAGAAUACAUGGAUAAUGAUUUUUAUUUUGUUCUUUUUUCUCUUCAUUUUGUUUCAAAAAUUUUUUAUUUAUUUUAACUUUGUUUAUUGUUUUAUUCUUUGUUGUGCUCCUUUUUCCUCUUUUUGUUUUCUCCCUCCCUCCGUCUCAUUAUCAUUGAUCAAUAUUUACUGUUAUUUAUAUUGUGUAUAUCAGCUUUAAUGUUUUUUGCAGUAAUAUAUAUCUAUGUAAAUGUAUAUUGAACAAAUGUGAAAUUCUGUUUAUCUAUGCAUUUCAUAAAUGUGCAUUAUUGUAAUUUGUUUAUCAAUAUGGUUUAUAAGAAGAGAAAUCAAGUGUUUCAUUUACUUAGUUACAAUAGGCUCUACUUGG